ACACCGAGAUGACGAGCCGAGCACAUUGAACGUCGGCUCGCCUGAUCGCCAAUGGAAAGAGAGGGGGCGGUGCCAGGUGGCGUGACGUCAGACUGACAGCGCCUCUUGCUUGAUCCAGUCAACGCCGCUCGUUUAGGCAGCUUGUCUUGGUUAGAUUACAUCCUCAAAGCGUCGCCAUGGCUGCCGGUCGAACCACGCGAGACUAUUAAAAAAAAUAAACAAAAUAUAUCAGCUAUGGAUUGGACUUUCAUCUUAUUCGCCGUCAUCUUCACACUGCUCGCCCUGGUGGUCGCGACGUCGCUGCUGAACGGUUCCUCCCGGUCGUCUUCAGCCAGGAGUAACCCAAAUGGACCCAUCGCGGACGCCGUCAGAGGGGGCGAGACGGAGGCAAAGCAGAACGGCCAUUUACCGGAUAAUUCCAACCAGGGAACGGCAGAGGAAGUGGCGGCGGGGGACGACUGGUGCGAGAUGAGCGGCAGCUCCCACGACCACUGGGACGUGGUCAAAUCUGUCCUAUCAGAGGAGACUGAAACCUGUCCCGCUAGCGAGGAGUUGGAGCCCGCGCCGGUCACGGUGACGGCCCCAGCCGAGCUCUCCUCCUCCUCGUCGGCAGCGUCCAGCCUGUCCGUGCCGCGGCCGGACUCCAGGCAUGCCAGUUUUGACUCGUCAUCCGAGGCAUCGUCGGGGCGUGGCCGGCGCUCCUUCAUCGGGCUCUCUGAUCAGGAGCUCCUAAAGUGUGCUUUCUCUUCCCCCCAGACUGAUGGAGAAGCAGAGAGCCCAGACGUCAAUGAUAAAUCGGAGUUACACACCAACAAUUCCUUGAAGUACGUCCCCGGAAAGUCACGCUCCCAUCACCUGGAGAUGAUGAUGUCCAAAGACGAACUUGAAGAGGAGCAGAGGGUGCAGCGGGAACAGCUGGCUGCCAUCUUCCAACUGCUCAAGGACAACACGGAGACGUUCGGCGAAGUCUCCGAGGGCGACAUGGAGGAGCAGCUGCGUCUCUACUCCAUCUAAGGAAGGAGAGAGAGAGACAACGACGACGUCACAUGCGCUGCCUUAACCUGCCGACCAAACUCACCAGUAUACUUGUGACAGUAUUCCAGCAGCCGCUGUUGUGACCCCAAAAACACCAAGUGGUCCGUUCGUCUUGCUUUUUCCGUUAUUCCCAGGCUGGACUUAAUGCAGCACAAAGACACCAAGUGAGCAACUUCCAAUAUAAACGCGAUUCCCCCGUGUAACAUUCCGCUGUUGUGUAAUAAAUUAAAAAAAUUGAACACGCAGGUGGAGUUUGUCAUUUUCAUCUAUUUAAAAAGUUGACUGACUGACACCAAUUUAAAAUGUAUCAAGAGUCAACGCCGCCAUCACAAAACGUUGCGAGGAUGACGUGGGGGUGAAAAAAACCCCUCAGUUUACGUCCACGCGGCUCAUUCCCUCAGUCUCCGAAUCUUUUUGGGAAAGCCGGACAGGUGUAUGCCCCCCACGACCAGGGCAUCAAAUAUGUGAUGAUUCCAGAGGGCACGAGGGACUUCCAGUGGUUCCAAGGACUCAUCAGAGGACAGGGAGUGGAGUUCGGCCCGUACAAAAACAAACGG